GUAAGCGAUUUAGCCAAAUGAUGUCAGAUAUUCGUGAAGGUGUGGAUACAACCCACGAAUGGCUAAUUCCUGCUUACAAAAAGGUGUUAGAAAGGUAUUGGGAAACAGAUGAGAAAUGGAAAAAUAUAAGAAAAAAAGCAAGAGAGAAUCGAGCAUCACUCUUAGGUGGUUCUGUCCAUUGCGGUGGUUCUAUUCCAUUGAGCUCAACUAUAGAGAGGAUGAAGAAGCAGUUGGGCCGUACACCAACCCACGAGGAGGUCUUCAAAGAAACCCACACACUUAAAAGUGAUAAGUCUAAAUGGGUGGACAAGCACUCUCAAGACACUCAUGAGAAGUUUAUAAAAAAGUUGGCAGAAGUUCAGGCUCAACAUGCCGAGGCUCAAGCACAGGGAAUAGAGCUACAACCAAUUGAUGAAGACUUGAUUUGGGAGGAAGUGUGUGGUGGGCAAAAGAAGAAUCGAGUUUACAGAAAAGGAUUCAUAAUCUCAAUGAAGAGCUUUUUCAGCGUGUUACUCAGCAAACAGAUGAGCGUAUUAGUAAGUUGUUAGAUACACGCUUGGCUCCUUUGGAAAAGACUCAAAAGUAAUUAGAAAAGUUGGAACGGGCAAUUGGAAAGGCCAGGAAGGAAAAGCUGAAACAGAAGAGAUGGAAUGAGGCUUAUGUUAGCUAUUAUGAGAAGGUUAGAGCGUCAAGUAGUUCUAGUGCAGUUCCACUACCACCGCCACCGCCGCCACCCUCAAUGUCUUCGGAUGAGGGCUAUGAUGAUGAUGAGGAUGUAGAUGACACUGAAGAGUAUAGCUAAUAGUUUUAGUAUGGUUGAACAAUAUACUAGGAAUUAUAGUUGAUGAU